GUCUGUGUGCUUGAUAUUGCAAUCAUUUUUUUUUUCCUGUAGCCGACACCAAGACUUGGGUACUGAGAAUGAAAUAUGGAAGGCAUUUCACAGUCUCAUUUGUGAAAGAAACAGAGUGCUCCUCUCAUGCUAUGGAGACUGAGGCAGCUUUGCAUAUAUGGAGGACGCCAUCAUACGAGACACUAUCGCGCCUCACCAAGUUCCUCAGUGAUGGGGAUAGCAAAGCAUACACCACUGUUGCCGAGGCCAAGGUGUAUGGUAAACUAGUUGUGGACAAGGAGGAAUGCACAAAUCACGUAGCCAAGCGUCUAGGCACUGCACAUAGGAAGCUUCCAACAUUACUUCCACGUGGAGAGAAGUUGAAAGAUGGCAUAAUUCGGAAGCUGCAGAACUAUUAUCGCAUUGCUAUAAACACCAACAGGGGUGAUCUCCUGAAGAUGUAUCGUGCUAUCUGGGCCUCAUACUUUUACUCAUCAUCCAGCAACACCGCAGGAAGCCACAGAUACUGUCCAGAAGGGACAACUAUCUGGUGCAAACACAGGCGAGCUGAAGCUCUUGGGGAGCCUACACCAGACCACACCCCAAUCCUCACGAACACUCAGGGGUUGGCUGUGCUUCCUAUAUAUAAGCGCCUCACGGAUGAAAAACUGUUGGUUCGCUGUCUACAAGGAAAGACACAAAAUGCUGCAGCAUCAUUGAGCAGCAAAAUCUGGCUUCUCUGUUCGAAGACGAAGUUUGCAUCUCGAACAGCAGUGGAAACUGCAGCCGCAAUGGCUGUGUUAUGGUUUAACAAGGGACAUUCAAGCUUUGAACAAGUCCUUCAAGAGCUUAGUGUACUGCCACCUGCUGAACUGAUCACUUUGGGCCAAUCCCGUGACCACAGAAGAAAUCAAAGAAUGUCUGCAUGCGAGACAGCUGAGGCAAGGGCUCGUUGUCGCCACGUGGCAAACAGAGCGUGCCUUGAUGACUCCAUGCUCCAGCUCCGAGACGGAUGAAUCUAUGGCGCUGGACGUAUUAACCCUUUGUUGCAUGGUGUCCACUGUAGUGGACAAAUUUCUGCGAUUUUUAGAGCACGUUCAGUGUACGCCAGGUGCUCCUGUGCAUGCUGGUCACUACAGUGGACAAAAAAGGUGCGUUUUCGAUGCGCUAGAUGGCGCCACCAUACUGCGGCUGCCUCGAA